AUGUGGCAUCCGGAUGAUUUUAUAUUUGUACCUGGUCAAACGCCAUUAACUUCUCUCCGAUUUCUUAUAUUUAUUUUCAUUUUUCAUUUCAUCAUCACAUGUGCUCUGGAAAUUAUCAUGACUCGUCGAGCCAAACCAAUAGAUGUGCGGCGUAUUCAACGUUAUAACAAUUUAUUGAUUGGUAUAUAUUCAGCCGUCACUUUUGCGUUAGCUAAUAUUCUAGCAUAUCGAGAUAGCCGAUUUGAUUCAUGGGAUCGAUUAGUAUGUCACAGACCGACUCCAAAGGGUGCCUAUGCUCUUCUUUGGUAUAUCUUCUAUUUAAGCAAGCUAUGGGAAUUUCUCGAUAUUUACUUGGUCAUUUUAAAUAAAACACCUGUACUAAUGCAUUUUCGUUGGCACCAUCAAACAACACCAUCGGUUGUAUUAGCUGGUUUACUUGGUGAUGUGUCAUAUGAAUGGCCAACACUUGUUUGCAAUUCUCUCCUGCAUACAUUUAUGUAUCCACAUUUUGCUGGUGUUUGGAAUGUACAUCGAAUUCUACUUGUACUAGGUGCUUCGCAAUUGCUUGCUGGUCUCGGUUUUAGUAUCUAUGCAUUAAUAGUUGGCUGUGGUGGGUCAUUUUACGCUCAAAUAUGGGGUCUAUCGAUGUGUAUAACUUAUACAAUAGGUUACCUGAAUGAACAUUUUCAUCUAGUUGAUCGUCUACGAGUUUUUAUUUCAGCUUCUCGUAAUGAUUCGAAACAAUCUUAA